AUGGAGACGCUGGAAUUCGAAUUUCGAUUAGGAUGGUCGUGCGCUGAUGGCACACGAUCAAAAGUUCAUCGAAAGCUGCUUCAAACUUCGCGCACGGACAAGACAAGACAGCUCGGCUUCGGCUUCGGCUUCGGCUUCGCGCCCGACUCGCGCAGAGCCUCAUGCCGUCACGAGCUCGACCAGCCAGGACCAGAGAAAUCUGCGGUUGACCACGCUAAAAGCGGAGUUGACCAACGUCCCUACAGUGUUGCCUCUGCGCAUACCUAA